AUGGCGGAAAGGAGCCCAGCUCAGGCAGCGCUGGGAGCCCAGCUGUUGCGGCUCCCCAGGAGCUGGGCCAUGCAGGCCAACAGCCCAGAUCACGCACGUGGGACCAAGGUGCUUUGGGCUGCCAUGGCCAAGCUGUGCCCCGGCACCAUGGUGGCCGUCCCCACCGACACACCGUAUAGCCUGACCUGCUUGGACCUGGGUACCGUGUACCACCUCCAGGGCCGCAGCCAGGCCAAGCUGCCAGCCCUCUGCCUGAGCCACAUGGCUGACAUCUUCAGGGACUGCCAUGUGAGAGUACCCAAGGGGCUCCUGAAAGACUUACUACCAGGACCAGUGACCCUGGUGUUGGAAUGCUCCCAGGAGCUCAGUAAGGACCUGAACCACUUUACUCCUCUUACAGGCAUCUGGAUUCCUGACCAUUCCUUCAUGCAGGAUUUGGCUCAGGUGUUUGGGACACUAUUUUCUCUCACCAGUGCUGACCUCAGCUCUCAGGCCAGUUCUCAGAAUGUCUUUGAAUUCCAGUACCUCUGGCCUCAAUUGUCCCAGGUCAUUGAUGGGGGACCAACUGAGGAUGGCCACAGCCCUGAGUAUCGCCUGGGCUCAACUAUGGUUGACUUGUCUGUAUCUGGAAAGUUUGGCAUCAUUUAUCCUCCAACAGAAGUAGGGGCUGCUGCCCUCACAGGGAUCCUGCUUGUGAAUCCAGUAGAAGGGAGGACCCAAGGACUGAUGCUGGCCACUUUGUGUCUGUCCACUGGUGACCAGCAAGGGUUCAUUUAG